AUGAUGGCUAACUUCAUUGCAGGCUCUGCACAGGACUUCACAAUCUAUCAAGGAGGCCUGCUGGGCUCCAGCUAUGAGGUGCAGGCCUUUCUUGGGCAGGGGAGCUUUGGAAAGGUCGUCAAGUGUGUAGACACUAUACUGAACAUAGAGGUGGCCAUCAAAAUAACCAAAAACAAGCCAAUGCUCAUUAAACAAGUGCUGGAAGAGAUUAAAAUUCUCAAAAAGCUGAAGCAUCUGGAUCCUGACAAAUGUAAUAUUGUUAGAUGGAAUAAAUCAUUCUUCCAUGAAGGACUCGUUUGCCUUGAAUUUGAGCUCCUGGACCUGAAUCUGAAUAAGUAUAUGAAAGAGAGAGAUUGCCAGGUUAUGUCUAUGGACGAGCUUCGCCCAGUUCUACAUCAGCUGACCACAGCACUGCUCCACCUGGAGGCCCUGAAAAUCAUCCAUGCUGAUAUAAAGCCUGAAAAUAUUAUGGUUGUGGAUCGCAGACAACACCCACUGCAGGUCAAACUCAUUGAUUUUGGCCUGGCCCAUCAUGUCUCUGAUGCUGUGCAGGGACUGUGUGUGCAGUCUCUGUGGUACAGGGCACCGGAGGUCAUCCUGGGUCUGGUCUUCAGUGAGAAAAUAGAUAUGUGGUCUGUGGGUCUGGUUGCAGCAGAACUUGCUCUGGGUUGCCCACUUUUUCCUGGGAACAACGAAUAUGACAUAAUGAAGUUUAUUGUGGACACUGUGGGUCAGCCACCAGAUUAUCAGCUGUACGAUGGACAAAAAAGCAAAAAGUUCUUUAUCCAUGAAAGCAGAUAUGAUCAGCUGACCUGGAGAUUAAAGGGUAAUUCAGAGAAGGUGGAGGUGCUUAAUUUUCUGGACCUCUUAAAGAAGAUGCUGCAGGUGGAUAAAUAUGGACGAAUAAUACCACUUAAAGUCCUGGAGCACCCAUUCUUUACUGAAGAGCAGCACAGAGGCAUGAAUAUUAAAAACCUGAAGGAAGACAAGCCAGCUGUCACUCAGCAGCUUUCCCCAAAGAAGAAGAGUCCUGGGUCCAAGACUGUGACUGCUCUUGAGGAGGCAGCCUUUACUGAUCCUGAAAAUGUCUCUACAAAACUGGAGGGUGAGGAUGAUAAAACAUCUCACGUUCAGCCUGGUUAG